UGGACUAAAUAAAAGCUUUUCUGAAUUGACUAAAGAGAAAAUCAAUGAUAUUUUAAAUUCUACCAAAACAUUUACUUUAAAAACUGCUUCCCAUUUGUCAAAGAAGUUAUCCCCUUAUAUAAGGUGUGAUGUUGACGAUGAGACCCUCUGUUCUUAUUGGCCUCUGGUGAAGGUUGUUAAAAUUUUUGUUCCAAGAACCCCUCACCUACCAAGUCAAGUUGUACUGGUUGAACUUCCAGGAACUGGAGAUUCAAACAAGGAAAGACAUAAAAUGUGGAAAGAGUAUUUUAGCAAGUGUUCAUCUGUUUGGAUUGUUACAGAUAUACACCGAGCAGAAUCUGACCAAAUCACAUCAAAAAUCCUAAAUACAGGACUGAGACACAUUGUCAGUGGAGGAGAGUGCCGAAACAUAACCAUCAUCUGCACCAAAAAAGAUGAAAUUGGCAUUAGAAGUGAUUAUAACAUACUUGGAAUUUCAGGACAAACUGACUCAUAUGAUGAGGACCAAAGAAGGAUACAGAGUAUACAUGUACAGGAAAGAAAUAAUAAAAUCAAAAGGAGAAUUUUUCACAUAUGCAACAGAAAAGUAAAAGUAUUUAUUUCUGCUUUUAUUUAUUCAGUCACAGAAUGUACUUUCUAAUAGAGUAUUGGAAGUGACAGAAGCAAGUAUACAGUAUAAAAAGACAAAAACUACAUUUUAAAGGAUUUUUUGUUUCAAAUAGAAUAAAGUACAAUGUUAGUUUCAAUUAGUU